CCAGCCCGGCGCGAGAGAGGAGAGAGAGAGAGAGAGAGAGGGGGGGGUACAACUACACGUUUAACACGUUAAAGUGAAAGCAAGUGGACGCUUCUCCCCCUCGUGGAACUAUACCAUCUCAGGGCCGAUGCGUUCCGCCAAGUUCUCGGCAUUUUGGAGAGAGGAGUUCCUCAGGAGCGAGAGAAUCCAAGUGGGGGACCGAGUGGAUUAAAGCCAAAGCGAUGCCUCCGACUGGGGUGAACUUUGGUUCCAGCAGCAGCAGUCCACUGUCCGGGGAGCAGCUCUGAACAUUCUUUGUCUGUAUCACUGCGGAGUUCAGGAGAAACUCUUCCCCGGCCGGAACCGAACCCGCACCGCCGCCUGCACAGCGCGUAGAAGUUGAGCUUUAGAUGAAACAGACAACCAGCGCGCCUUCUCACUGGAUUUACCCCGUUUCCAGCUGCCCGUGAACUGAAGGAUGCCUGUCUGUCUGUGGGCAGUUUACUGUCUACUGGCACUUCUGCGAAUUUGUUCAGGGUCUCGUCUUCGCCAGGAAGACUUCCCUCCUCGCAUCGUGGAGCACCCCUCCGACCUCAUUGUAUCCAAAGGGGAACCCGCCACUCUCAACUGCAAGGCCGAGGGCCGUCCAACCCCAACGGUGGAAUGGUCCAAAGAUGGGGAGCGCGUCGAGACGGACCGCGACAACCCCCGAUCGCACCGCAUGCUGCUGCCCAGCGGGUCGCUCUUCUUCCUGCGCAUUGUCCACGGACGGCGGAGCAAGCCCGACGACGGCAGCUACGUGUGCGUGGCCCGAAACUAUCUGGGCCAGGCGAUCAGUCACAAUGCGUCGCUGGAAGUAGCCAUUUUACGUGACGACUUCCGACAGAACCCUGUGGAUGUUAUGGCUGCGGUGGGGGAGCCCGCAGUGCUGGAGUGCCAACCGCCCCGUGGGCACCCUGAACCCACCAUCUCCUGGAGAAAGGACGGAGCCAAUUUAGACGACAGAGACGAACGCAUCACAAUCCGCGGUGGCAAGCUGAUGAUCACCAACACCAGGAAGAGCGACGCGGGGAAAUACAUCUGCGUAGGAACCAACAUGGUGGGGGAGAGGGAGAGCGAGAUCGCCGAGCUCACCGUGCUGGAGCGCCCAACCUUUGUAAAGCGGCCCAGCAGCGUGGUGGUGUUGGCAGACGAGAGCGUAGAGUUCCCCUGCGUGGUUCAAGGAGACCCCGUUCCCAAUAUCCGCUGGAGGAAGGAUGAUUCCGAGCUGCCUAAGGGCAGAUUUGAAAUCCUAGAGGACCACACCUUGACACUUCGCCAAGUGACAUCCUUGGAUGAGGGCUCGUACACGUGCGUGGUGGAGAACAUGGUUGGGAAGUCUGAGACAUCCGCCACGCUCACUGUACACGGUCAGUACAACCCGACCCCCUCAUUGCCCCCAGCAUUUGCCAUACGCCCCAGGAACCAGGUGGUGACGGUGGGCAGGACGGUCACCUUCCAGUGCGAGGCCACCGGCAACCCGCAGCCAGCUAUCUUCUGGCAGAGGGAAGGCAGCGAGAGUCUCCUGUUCUCUUACCAGCCGCCGCAGCCCUACAGCCGCCUGUCCGUCUCCCAGAUGGGCAGCUUGACCAUUACUGAUGUUCAGCACUCGGACGGCGGCUUCUACAGCUGCCAGGCUCUCAACAUCGCCGGCAGUGUUAUUACCAAAGCACUGCUGGAGGUCACAGACUCUGGGUCAGACCACCCUCCUCCUGUGAUAAGGCAGGGACCCAUCAACCAGACCGUUGCUAUGGACAGCUCGGUCGUCCUCAGGUGCCAAACCGCUGGUCCUCCGUCUCCCACAGUCCACUGGAAGAAGGACGGUAAGCUGCUGUCUCCAUUGGAGUCCCGCAUGUCCUCAACAGACACAGGAUCACUGGAGAUUCACUCUGCUAAGCUGGGAGACACAGGCUUCUACACUUGUGUGGCUUCUAGUCCAAAUGGAGAGGCUUCCUGGACAGCAUACCUGCAAGUGGAAGAGUUUGGAGUCCAGUCCCCUCAUCAAACAGACCCUGACCUGAUCCCCAGCACUCCAUCUAAACCUGAGGUGUCCGACAUCAGCCGCACAUCCGUCACCCUGUCGUGGAAAACCAGCCCCGGUGCCGGUGCAGCACCUAUAUCUCAUCUAAUCGAGGCAUUCAGUGAUACGUUAGGCAGCCGAUGGGUGACCCUGGCCGAGCACGUGAAGACACAGACCUUUGUUCUGAGGAACCUGAAGCCGGGAGCUGUCUACCUCUUCAUGGUCAGAGCGGUGAAUGCGUACGGCCUCAGUGACCCCAGUCCGAUCUCAGACGCUGUCAGAACACAGGACAGCGCUUCCACCAUGCAGGGGGUGGACCAUCGUCACAUCCAGAGGGAGCUGGGAGAUGUAGUCAUCCACCUGCACACGCCCACCGUCCUGUCAUCUUCUGCUGUCCGGCUGCAGUGGAUGGUCGAGCAGCAGUCCCCGUACACCCAGGGCUACAAGGUGCUGUACAGGGCGUCUGCUGAGCACGGUCAGCCUGAGGGGCAGUGGAGCUUCCUGGAGGUGCGCGCCCCUCGAGAGGACGGGGUGGUGAUCAGUCAGCUGAAGCGAGGCUCCAUCUACGAGUUCAAAGUGCGUCCCUUUUUUGACGAGUUCCAGGGAGCUGACAGCGAGGUCAAGGUGGUUAGGACAUUGGAAGAAGCUCCUGGUAGAGCACCUCAGGGUGUCACAGUGACAAAGAGUGGCACCGAUGGAACUUCCAUCCUCAUCACUUGGAAGCCGCCUCCACACCCGGAGGAGGCAGGAGUCAUUCAGGAGUACAAGAUCUGGUGCCUGGGUAAUGAGAGUCGCUACCAUGUGAACCAGUCGGUCGACGGCUCCACCUUCUCCGUGCUCAUUUCCAGUCUGGCACCGGGAAUUCGCUACAGUGUCGAGGUCGCAGCCAGCAACAGUGCAGGGCCUGGGGUCAAAAGUGACGUCACUUUCUUUCAAUUUGACUCUGCAGGCCAGAUGAUGGACAUCAGUGUGGAAAGAGACACGUUUUCUCACAUCUCAGAUGUGGUGAGGCAGCCGGCGUUUAUCGGGGGCAUUGGCGCCACCUGCUGGUUGAUCCUCAUGAUCUUCAGCGUCUGGCUCUACCGGCACAGAAAGAAGAGAAAUGGCCUGAGCAGCACGUACACCGGCAUCCGCAAGGUCCCUUCAUUCACCUUUACACCUGCAGUUGCGUAUCAAAGAGGAGAAUCUGUGUGCAGUGCUGGCAGACCUGGCCUCCUCAGCAUGGGGGAGCCUCUCAACCAGCUGUGGCUGCCAGACAAUUGGCCGAACGCAUGUGCCAAUCACAAGGACUGCAGCAUCAACUGCUGCAAUAAUGGCAACGGCACCAGUGACAGCAACAUGACAACAUACAGCCGACCAGCUGACUGCAUCGCCAACUACGGAAACCACCCAGACAACAAACAGCUUGCUUCUGACACGGCCAUUUACUGUGACGUGGACCUCUCCAACAAGCUCAAUGAGAUUAAAACCUUCAACAACUCUAGCUUGAGUUACACGAGUCCCGGAGAGGAUUCAUCCGCCACCUAUGAGCCCAUCCCGUACGCCACCACGCAGCUUAUCCAAGCCAGCAUCAAGAAUAAAGCCUCGUCUGGUGGCGCUUUAGCAGAGCCUCUGGACAUGGCCUGCUGGAAACACCCCCCUAACCCGCCUCCGAUACCGAAGGAGAUGGUGGCCCAGAUGCAGUACCACGUUAUUGAGCAAAACUUGCUGAAUAAAGAACACCUGCAAGGAAUUGAAGGAAUGAUCCAUCCCAAAAGCAUCGCCUACAGCCAAAGCCGUGAUCACAGCACAGGAGGCUCGCACCACAGCUCCGACAGAGGCAGCAACAGCACCUCAGGGAGUCAGAAUCAUAAGAAAGGGACGCGGGCACCAAAGCUCCCAAAACAUAAUGUGGUGAGCUGGGGAGAAGCCCUUUCUCCUCCUCCUCUUCCUCAUGUUAAUGCCUGGGACUGUGACGAGUACAGCCUACCCAUGGAGAGGAGAUUUGACACAGAAGGAAGAAAAGAAAGCUGUCCUACUCCACCAGUUAGAGGGGCGGUGUCUUCUCCUGCUGAAGUGUCAUAUAGUCACCCACCCUCCACAUCACUGCAGGGCGACCUGAGCACUGACCUGCACAACGGAAACAAGCACCUGAGCCAACACACCAGCAGCCACCCUUGCCACCUCUCCCCGACGCACACCUACAGCUCCAUACCCCUCUGCUUGGAAGCCGACGAACAGGAAGAGGAAGUGGAGGAGGAAGAGGAGGAGGCAGAGGAGGAGGCGGACACGGAGCUCGCUGACAGUCGGAACAGCCAGCGCCACAACGGGCAGAGGGACAAGCACCAGCUGCACCACCCCUCUCCACACAAGCUGCUCUUCCACGGGCUGGACCAGACCCCAGCCUCCAGCACCGGGGAUCUGGACAAAUCCGUGACGGGGUCCAUGGUGAACAGCUGGGGCUCAGCAUCUGAGGACAACAUCUCAUCGGGCCGGUCCAGUGUUGUCAGCACUUCAGAAGGAUCCUUCUUCACAGACGGGGACUUCAACCAGGCUGCAGCCUCUUCACGGGAUACCGUAGGCCUGCGCAUGUGUAGAUACCAAGAUGAGUCAGGCCGGCGGCCCCAGCGUCCCAGCAGCCCCAUGUCCACAGACAGCAACAUGAGUCCCGCAAUAACACAUAAAAGGCCCAGGAGGCAUAAACAGAACCAGUGUGGUCAGGAGGGCUACCAACCCAAAGACGUCUUCAACGAUGACUCCUGCAUGCCUCUGAGUUUCCCCAGCCACAUGUCCCAUGGCGAAUAUAAAGUGAGGGGGGCCACGCUGCCCCGGAUGGGCUCUGGGGAUGCCGGGGGUCGACGAGGCAGCACGGGGACUCACAGGGUGAGGGAGGGUACGGCUGAGCCGAGAGAUAACCAGGUCAAGCACAAGACUCCGCUGGGAGGAAAAGGAAGUAGCAGAAGCCGACAGCACUCAGAAUUCGGGGACAUCCUUCUAUACAGUCGCCCCUCUUUCCCAUCAGGCCCAGCUCUGAGGGAGCCCGAUGAUCCCAAUUCAUCAACCUUCAUGUCGUGUGGAGACUCAAGGACCAAACAGGGAGGACAGGUGGGAGACGAGCAAGAGUUCCUGCAAAGCUAAGAAGCAACGCGAGCACAGAAGAACUAUCCUCCAGCUGCUUCAUACGAAGGACUCUGCACAACACAUGCUAUCAUUUUCUAAUUAAAAUUUCUCAUUAGAUGUUGGAAAAAAAAGAAGAAAGAAAAAAAAGGUGCCCUUAUGUUUGAGUCUGUUAGGACUUCACUCUGAUGCACUGUUUGUUGUUUUCUGCUCUUUUUGGGGGACCGGCUUCCAGGAGCGGGGGGGCACUGGCUGCUCAGUAAAAGUAAAGAUGAAUGCACAUUCGAUGGCUGUCGUGAGUGUCUCCAAAACUAUUGUCCGUGGCGACUGCUUGACGCGGUCCACAUGCUCUUUGCUCGUUCGUGUCUUAUUUUACUGUAGUUGAUAUUCAGUCAUUACCAGCCAUCUUGUAAAUCGUUGGAAUUGUUUACUGCCACAGAAGUGCUUCAAAAUUCAGAUUUUAUAGAGCGGUGUCAAUGUUUUAUAAGUGAUGUACAUCUCGUCUUUGUAUUCUUUGUUUCUACUUUGGUUAUGAAAGCACAAUCUCUUGUUUUUUAUUGUAAGUCAUUAUUAUAACAAAUUUAUGUUGGGAGGAAGUCAGUCUUCGGAGUCUGUGUUAUAGUCUUUUCAUCGGGUCAGUUUCGGGGGCGGGGGAAAUUGUCGAUUGUGGUUGUGCAUACGGUUGUGUUCAUUCGAGCUGCGUUUAUUCAGAUUUGAACCAUCUGAUGUUUGUACUGAGAGAUUUUGCAUGCAGAUUCACCUGUAAGAGGUUUUACUCAACACCUCGGCUUCUUUGUUCCACCCUCUCUGGGAUGUUGCAAAAGUUAUCUUCAUGGACUGGUUCCAUUUUUCAUUUUGUCUCCACCGAUCAUCUAAACCUGUGUUCCCACAUCUGGCCAUAUCUUCUGGAACAGGGCCUGACAAUCCACCGUAUUUAUUGAAUUACUCAGCAUGAAUUCUUUACAAGCUUUAAAUUCACUGAAGGCAGUUUUCAGUAAUAAAAUUGCCUGGAUCCCAUUUGAUAUAAGUGAGAACAGCCACAGCAGCAUUUCAGCUGGUCUGUCUUCAGUCCAGUCCAGAGGUUUAAAACCUUGAGCUGGACACAUCGGACUUAAGCCAAUACUAGAACGUGUAUAUUAAUCAGGCACUUAUUUAAAUAUAUACAUAGAUAUAUCUCUAUAUUAUUGUCUAUUUAUCGUUGGAAAGUUAAAUGUACAUUGUGAUGUAGAUGUUGGUAAUAUUGUCCAGCCCUGUUCUCCAAGUUAUACAGUAUAUGGAACAAUUAUGUCACUUUAACUUCUCUGUUUAAAUAAAUAUUGCUGUUCCUUAAUUAAAAACAAUCACGGUUCA